AUGGACUUCGCGGCCCUCCCGCACGAUGGCGAGUCGUUCCGCGCGCGCCACAGCGAGUGCCUCGACGUGGGCGUCCUGCGGCUGGCGGCGGCGCUGCGGGCGGCGGAGGUGAACGGCGGGGCGGAGGCGGAGGCGGAGGCGGGGGAAAUCCUCGCGGCCCUCCCGUCCCCCGUCGCCGCUCGCCUCGCGGAGGUCGCCGCCCGCCUCCCCGAGUGGACCCGCAAGCGCCGGGCGGAGGCGGCGGAACGGCGGGCAGCGGCGGAGGCGGCGAGGCGACGACUUGAAGGACUGCGGGAGGCAACAGAGCGGGCAGCCACGGAGGCAGCAGGACUCUCUGAACGCAUCAGCGCAGCGAACAGUGAGAAUAGGCGCGAGGAGCGGUUAGAUGCCGAGCGUAGACGAGAGAGAAGGCGGGAACAGCAAGAUAUCCAAAGGCAGAUUGAAAAGAAGGAGCUUCAACUUCGAAGGGAGACAAUGGAGCACGAUAGGCUCAGUAAAAUGCUCAACAAGGUUAGAAAGUAG